UCAGAACAUUUCAACAUGAAGGUGCUCCUAGUAUUUGCUUUGACCCUGGUCAUCGUCUCGCUGGUUUCAACGGCUUUGGUUCUUCGGGGUCAAGCCGAGAAUUUUGGCAUUAUCAACGGACAUAACGCUUCGGCUGGUCAGUUCCCCUAUCAAGUUCAACUGAUUAAUAACUUCGGAGUCUCGUGUGGUGGCUCGUUGAUUGGUCACGAAUGGGUGCUGACUGUCGCCUCCUGUGCAAAGUUUGCCAAGAAUUUUACUGUUCACUUGGGUAGCAUUCGGCGAUCCGCGCCUCUAGUAACCCGCUUUGCGUCUGAGAAAGAUAUAAUCAGCCAUCCACAUUUUCAUCGUAUGUUCAUGCACAACGACAUCGCACUUGUCCGUAUUCCAUAUGUUAAAUACAACAAAAACCUUCAUCCCGUUAAGCUACCGAAGAUCCAAUCACACUAUCGAACCUACGCUGGUUCUGAGGCUAUCUUUACAGGGUGGGGACCUACCACGAAUACUUCCACCACUGAACCCGAGAUACUUCGGUACGCUAAAGUAAAAGUCAUGAAGAUCGUAGAAUGCAGGGCUAAACAUCACAACAUCAUUGGCUUUGAGCAAAUCUGUGCUUCGGCCGCCUCUGGUGCAUUGCCGUGGGGCGGUGACGGUGGUGGCCCAUUGGUGGAGUUGCCAGGCUUCAGUCAGAUUGGUAUUACGUCCUUUUUAAUAAAAAAGCAAGGUAUUGCUGGCUUCACCCGAGUAACUAGUUACCUCGGCUGGAUCAAGGAACAUACCGGUCUUCCUUUGUAAUACAGUCGGUGUGACUGUGAUCGAACCUUUCCUUAUAACUCUUUUAUUGUUUAUUACUAAAACCAUAAACAUUGUAAAAUUCGCAAAUAUAAAAUAAAAGUGAUGUAA